AAGCUGCAUGGUGCAGCUGCGUGCUAAAGUUGAAGCCUAAACAGUAGGACCAAAAGCUUUUGAUCUGUGCAGUCUCAGCUCGGCCUCACGUAGCCACAGCUACAGCAGAAGUUGCCGGCGAUGGGCAGCUUGCCACUCGACGCGUCGUCACGGAGGCCACUUAACCCCGAGGCCUUCGCCGGUGAGUCACGCUCCGUCGUGGACUUCCUCGCCGAGUACUACCGUGACGUCGGCAAGUACCCGGUCCGGGCAGCCGACCUCGAGCCAGGCCUGCUACGCAAGCUGCUCCCGGAUGCCGCGCCGGAGCUCGGCGAGCCGUUGGAGGAUGUACUGGAGGACGUGCGGCGGGACAUCCUGCCAGGGCUCACCCACUGGCAGAGCCCCAGCUUCUUCGCCUACUUCCCCAUGAACGCGAGCGCCGCCGGGUUCGCAGGGGAGAUGCUGUCCGCCGGCCUCAACGUCGUCCCGUUCGUGUGGGCCGCGUCGCCGGCUGCCGCCGAGCUCGAGGGCGUCGUGAUGGACUGGAUGGGCAGGCUGCUCGGGCUUCCUCAGCGGUUGCUCUUCUCCGGAGGCGGCGGCGGCGUCCUGCAGGGGAGCACGUGCGAGGCCGUCGUGUGCACGCUCGCCGCCGCGCGGGACCGCGCGCUGGCCAGGCUGGGGCACGCGGCCAUCAUGAAGCUGGUGGUCUACGCCUCCGACCAGACGCACGUCACCUUCCAGAAGGGCGCGCGGCUCGUCGGCAUCCCGCCGUCCAACUUCCGCGUCGUCCCGACGUCGGCGGCCUCCGGGUACGGCCUGGCCGCGGACGCCGUGCGCGCCGCGGUCGAUCGCGACGUCGCGCGCGGCCUGGUGCCGCUGUACCUCUGCGCCACUGUGGGCACGACGGGGCUGGGCGCGGUGGACCCCGUGCGCGAGCUCGGGGAGGAGGCGCGGCGCCACGGCAUGUGGCUGCACGUCGACGCCGCGUACGCCGGCAGCGCGGCCAUCUGCCCGGAGUUCCAGGGCUACCUCGACGGCGCCGAGCUCGCCGACUCGGUGAGCAUGAACCCGCACAAGUGGUUCCUCACAAACUCGGACUGCUGCUGCCUGUGGGUCGCGAGCCCCCGUGCCCUCACCUCCGCGCUGUCCACCGACCCGGAGUACCUCAAGAACGUGGGCACAGACGGCACGGGGAACCCGGCCGCCAUAGACUACAAGGACUGGCAGAUCUCCCUGUCGCGCCGGUUCCGCGCCAUCAAGCUCUGGGUGGUGCUGCGGCGCUACGGCGCCGUCGGCCUGCGCGCGCACAUCCGGCGCCACGUCGCGGCGGCCAAGUGGUUCGAGCGGACGGUGGCAGCGGACGAACGGUUCGAGGUGGUGGCGCCGAGGAAGUUCUCGCUGGUGUGCUUCCGCCUCCGGGCGAGCUUCGCAGGGGACGCCGACGACGUGAACCGGGAGCUCCUCGCGGCGGUGAACGCGAGCGGGCGAGCGUUCAUGACGCACUUCGUGGUGGACGGCAAGUUCGUGAUCCGGCUCGCGGUGGGCGGUGCCAUGACCGAGAUGCAGCACGUCAUGGACGUGUGGGAGCUGCUGCAGGACAAGGCCGAGGAGGUUUUACAGCGCUAUCGCCUCGAGGCUCUCAACCUACAGUUUCGCGGAAGCUGAUUGCACGUCCAGCGGAGCCAGGAUUUAAAAGUUGGAUAUUUCUAUAUUAAAAAAACAUUCAAUACAAAAAUGUUAAAAGUUCAAAAUUCUAAAAAAAAAGUUCAAAUUAGAGAUGGUCCAUGCAAUAAAGAGAAAUAAUUUUUUUUCAUUUCUCAUAUGAUGAUUUAUCACAAAAUUAUUUCCACUAACCCAAAUAAAAUAGAUGCAAGUAGCUCUACAAAUAUUUGAAAUCACUGGCUUGCUAUUUAUUCUGAUAGCUCUGCGAUCUACG